AUGGCACGCAUUCCUUUCCCUUACAUUGCCUUCUUCCUCUGGAUUGAACCAGUGGCAACCCUCGUGGGAGCUUACUUUGCAUGGUUCCAAUCGGAUACCUACUUGCAAUUACAACAUGCUGCUUCGAGCCCUAGCCCGUUGGCUUUACCAACAGGAACAGCUGUUGUCCUCAGACAACUCGGCAACAUGUAUUUUGUCUUCGCCUUCAAUGAAGCAUUUGUCCUGCGAGCCACCAAUGACUUGAAAGUCUGGCGAGCCUUUCUUCUUGGUCUGCUCAUUGCGGAUUUUGGUCAUCUCUACAGCUGCUAUCCUCUUGGCUUACAAUCAUACUACGAUUUUGCUAACUGGAAUGCCAUCGACUAUGGGAAUUAUCCUUUUGUCGUCAUCGGAGCCUCAACCAGAAUCUUGUUCCUCUCUGGCUUCGGCCUUGGCGGCAAGAAACGAAAGUCACCAAAGGCCAAAACUCCCAUCAAGAGCUCCAAGCCAGUCACAAGGAGAAGCCACGUGGAGUGA